GCCAGCGGCCAGCCCUGCACAGCCCAGCGCAGCCCGCCCGAGCCCGGCCGGCGCACGUGCCCGCCAGACCUGCAAACUUGUGCCACCGGCUCUGCCGGUCCCCGGGGAGCCCGAGCGGCCGCAGCCCGCGCCCCUCCCGCCCGUCUCCAGCCAUGGGCUGCUUCGAGUGUUGCAUCAAGUGUCUGGGAGGAGUCCCCUAUGCCUCCCUGGUGGCCACCAUCCUCUGCUUCUCUGGAGUCGCCUUGUUCUGCGGCUGUGGGCAUGUGGCUCUCGCGGGCACCCUGGCGAUUCUUGAGCAACACUUCUCCACCAACACCAGUGACCACGCCUUGCUGAGUGAAGUGAUACAACUGAUGCAGUAUGUCAUCUAUGGAAUUGCAUCCUUUUUCUUCUUGUAUGGGAUCAUUCUGUUGGCAGAAGGCUUUUACACCACCAGUGCAGUGAAAGAACUGCAUGGUGAGUUUAAGACAACCGCCUGAGGCUGCUGCAUCAGUGGAAUGUUCGUUUUCCUCACCUACGUGCUUGGAGUGGCCUGGCUGGGCGUGUUUGGUUUCUCGGCGGUGCCCGUGUUUAUGUUCUACAACAUAUGGUCAACUUGUGAAGUCAUCAAGUCACCGCAGACCAACGGGACCACGGGUGUGGAGCAGAUCUGUGUGGAUAUCCGACAAUACGGUAUCAUUCCUUGGAAUGCUUUCCCAGGAAAAAUAUGUGGCUCCGCUCUAGAGAACAUCUGCAACACCAAUGAGUUCUACAUGUCCUAUCACCUGUUCAUCGUGGCCUGUGCGGGAGCUGGCGCCACCGUGAUUGCUCUGAUCCACUUCCUCAUGAUACUGUCUUCUAACUGGGCUUACUUAAAGGAUGCGAGCAAAAUGCAGGCUUACCAAGAUAUCAAAGCAAAGGAGGAACAGGAACUGCAAGAUAUCCAGUCUCGGUCAAAAGAACAACUCAAUUCUUACACAUAAAUGUUUGCCAGAGUGUUUCGGCCGACGCAUUCACAGCUCUGACAAAUCAUCAGACAGCUGCUCUGCAGUACAGAUGUGUAUCCCACCAAACAAACUAACGUAGACAUGUAAACACUUCACUGUUUCAAGCUGCUGGGAUGUAUCGCUAGGAAAACCUUCCAGUGGGUAAAUCUUUUUUCUUUAGAACAAAUAUUGGAGGUUUCAUGUUAGCCAUUUUAAAAGGCAACACUUUGACAAAAUGAUUGUUUAUUCUUUUGAAAUUUGUGGCACGUUCACACUUACUGCUAGAGCAAUUUUAUCACGAAAAGCAGUGGAAUACUUCUUACUUUUUCAUAGGGACAAAGGAUGUGACCAUAAACUCACAUAUGACAUGUGUCCUCAAAUGUUAUCUAUGGAGGAAAUAAAAUGGAAUUGGUGUGACGUUCUAUUUCUGGAAGCUGACAUUUAUUAAACUUUGGCUCAAAGGUAAUGUGAUUCUUACAACUGACUUUUUAAAUUAGCUCUGCCCCAAGUCCAGGACCCAUUAAUUUCCUGAGCCAAUCAGAAAUUUUUCAAUAAUGCUAAAAUGAGCUAUAGCAAUUCUGCUUACCCUACUACUGAAGAAGCUGGAUUCUGACUCAUUGAUGAGCUUUCAAGAAUCAAAUUAUCACAGAUUUCAUUUUAACAAAAUGAUACUGAUCCAGUUGUUAUCAUUCUUGGGAAAUGUCGGCUCUGCCUUAAUGAGUAUUUGCUUUAAAUUUCUAAGAAUUUAUAACCACAGACCCAACAAUCCUUCACAGAAUUUGUUCCAUGUUUUUCUUAAUUAGGAAGUGUUACCUUAUUAAAAUGACCACCAUUCUAAACCAUUUAAGUGGUCUGGAUAGUGAGUUUACAGUUUCAUACCAACUAUCUAAAAUCUAAUUACAAGCUGACCACAGACCUCUAGCCUCCUACUUUUAUAGACUUGAAUACUUAGGUAAUUUAAAUUAGGGUUGGUAUUUAUUUCAUUUUUUCUUAUCUAAGUCUGUUUCCUGGACUAAUAAAGUUUGAUGUUCAGCAAGAAAACUGCUUGAGUUUAAGCCAUUUUCAAAAGAAACUUGCCUUCUACAUCAUUGUGUUCCAGAACAUUAAGUGACUAUAGGUACUGGGUAUUAGUGAUGGUAAACUUUGUGUUGUUCUUUAUGAAAUAAAUGAUCCAUAUAACUGUUGGGUGCAUCAGUGCUUUUCAAAGGGGCUGCUUACUAUAGGGUUAACUAUGUAUAUUCAUGUUAAGAGUUAACUUGUGGUUUGGCUGUUUCCUGGAUUUUAAAACAUAUACAUGUGCAGAAAUGUAUUCAAAAGAAAGGAAACAUACCUUUAUCAAGAUGCUGUUAAAAUUGAACAGCAAGUAUAUUUCACUUGGAUUUUUUUUUUUUUUUUGGUUAAUGCCUAAAAAUGCCUAUUUGGAUUUCUUUUUUUAAUUGGGAGAAGCUCUCGUCUGUGUAGAACAGUUGUUCUGAAAUAGCUUAGUGUUUUGUUUUCCUGUUGCAUGACAGACUUAACUAUUCCUUCCAGCAGUGGAGGUGCUGUCAGAGUCCAGUGUUCUAGAAAAGGCAGUGUCUAAAGCCUAAUUUUACUUUUCUAAUUCUGGUAGCUAUUACCAGGAAUUUUCAAAAGUUUUGUUUAAGUAGUCUAAUAUUUUUUAUGUAAAGAGCAUUAAAUUUUGCUAUGUAUAAAUUUUUGUAACCUAACAGUGAAUCAAUAUUUUCUAUCAGUGCCAAGGGCUUCCUGUAGUUCUAUUCAAGUGUUACAAUAAAUAUUUGUAGAUAAUAGU